AUGACUGGACACAGUCAGCAUCAGCCCUGGCUUCAUCAGCGGCCACUGCUGCCCGAGAGGACAACCCCGGGUUCUCUAUACAAUAAACCCCUCAGUAAGGUGACUUCUGUCUUUUCCGACAAAUCAGGAUUUAACCUGGUGACUGUUGCGCUCCGAAUGCACUCCCACUGCUUCGACCCUGCACAUUUUGCGGGUAGACAGGCUGUUGGCCACUGCGUCCGAGCCCGCCUGCGGUCGUUCUGAUUCGGUCUCGCCGCUAGAACUAUGCGGGUGAUGGAUUAUAGAGUGCGGCAAAUGCUAAAUGAGUCUGCUAUUACCUGUCAGGUGUCCACUGUGUGCUCCACAGCCAGGUGUGUGCAGCGCCGGUGACUUACGUGGGAAUCGGUUUGUAAGGAUAGCAGACUUGUUCAGCAUCUGUCGCGCGCCCCUCCCUCACUCACCUGAGCCCAAUAGCAAGGUGGAGCCAGGAGGACAGAAGGUGGGGUCGAGUUCAGUGGCUGACAGUGUAAACAGACUAUCUGCGCGUGUUGCACACGAUAUGAUCCGCGCACAGUUGGCCAGGCUUUUGAAUGAGCAAGGAGAUGGCUGGGAUCUCAUCUGAUUGAGUGUGCCAGAGAAGCCAUAUUAAGGGGCCAUCGUGGUCUGACUCUUCGUCUAGAGAGUUAUAUCAUAAUUUUUCGGUCUUCCAGCUUCAAACGCACCAUGCUGGUUUGAAAGCGCACAAUAUUGUUUUUAGCAUGCACUGAGUGCAUGAGAACGGAAUCCCCAGAGUCAAAAUCACCUUUCCUCGUUCAUCAGCCUGCUGUCCGGGUCAGCCACCCACUUAACGCAAUGAGUGAAGGCAAAUGACUAGCUCGGUGUGAGCAUGCGUCUUUGCGCCCUUACAUACACCCCAUGCGUGGCAUUUGUCAUGAGAUGCGUGGACUGACGCGUUCCCUGCCCUACUCUGACCCUCGCUUUUGCUCAGUGCAUUUCCUAUGUGUCCCGUGUCAGAGGACCCUGCUUUCACCACAAACUAACUCACCCGCCUACCAUGCUGCCAGAGACACGAUGAACAUCGUCGUGCACGACGACAAGCAGCAGCAGCAGCAGCAGCAGCAGCAGCAGCAACAACAACAACAGUAG